AUGGAUUACUCGGCGGUUUCUAGCGACUCUGACGCUCUUCAUGGCGCAUCUCCCUGGGGUUCGUCUUCUCCUCGAGCAAACAGAUCAUUUCCAAGUCCUUCCGAUCCUCCCGAUUCACCGGGUCCCAUUCGAGGUCAUUCCUACUCUCAAUCGCAAGAUAGUGUGCCGGAAACCCCAUACCAACCCGCAGCGCCUGGUGAAGGCAGUGAGUCUCCUACGUUGGUAUCCGAGUCACAUGUCUCUCAACAGGCUUCCUAUCAAUCGGAACCUACACAACAUGGUCAGUUGGGUCCACAGGAAGCCCAGGCCCCAGUUGCUGGUCAACAGCAGCAAUAUCAGCAACGACCAGGUGCAGCUAGGUAUCAUUCUACUAAGCAGCAAAGGCCAGUUGCUCAAUAUAAAUUACAGGCCAAGGUGACGGCCUUGGAAAGGACCGGUCGAAAAGAUCCUGUCAUCAGAUUUGAUGUACAUACAAAUCUACCAAAGUUUCGGACAACACAGUUCCGAGAUGUUCGUCGAACUCACACCGAAUUUAUCAAAUUGGCAGAGCAUCUCAUUUCAUCCAAUCCCGAGGCCUUGGUUCCCGCCGUGCCACCUAGUCUUACCUCCGCUGGAGCUGGUACAGAUGAAGACGAACUACGUGUGAAGAAUUCCAUCCAGAGAUGGUUGAAUGUUGUUUGCGGUAAUGAUGUUCUUAUGCGAGAUGAGGAAAUGGUCUUCUUCGUUGAAAGCGAUUUUGGGUAUUCACCUGUCGUCAGGAUGAAGCAACCUGCCACCGGCGUGAGACGGAAAGUCUUGAAGCAGUUUGCUCCACCUCCAGACGAUACGCCAGAGUUACAUGAAGCCCGCCCAGUGGCCAAAAUGUUCUAUUUGGGUUCUCUUGACACUGGACAGAAGUUGGAACGUGUCGUCAAAGCGAGAAGAGCUCUUGGUCUAGCUGAAUCAUCGCUGGGCGAGAAACUCGGCCAGAUGCAUGUCCAAGAAACACACCCUGGUUUGUCCAUCGCUUAUCGCAAGUUGGGUCGCAUUAUUCAAACCACCGGCGACUACCAUGCUGCUCAAGGCACGGCUGAAGCCACCACGCUGGGAGACUCCCUGUCUUAUCAUUCCGGGGACGCUUUCAUCGUCAAGGAAACAUUAACGAACCGACACAUCCUACUCCGUGAGCUCUUGCAAGCGGAAGCCAGCCGACGAACUAAAGAAACUGCCGUCCACCGCCUAAAAUCCAGCAGCAGCGUGCGCCGCGAUAAAGUUGACGAAGCCAUCUCCGCCCUCGACGAAGCAACCAGUCAGGAGAACUAUCUUCGUGCCAAGACCCAACGCGUGACUGCGAACCUCCUCCUCGAGAAGCGCCGCUGGUUUGACCGCACGAGUGAAGAAUUCCUGUUUUCACUCCGCGAGUACGUUGUACGCCAGAUUGAGAGCGAACGCCGUGCCCUUGCAACCCUCGAAUCCGUAAGACCGGAUAUCCGUGCCAUCGAUGCGAGCGGCGGUCUCAGCCGUCUGGGACGAGAGAAUCACCCACCGGUCCGCCGCGUCAGUCUCGCCAGCAGUCAGGGCGCCAAAGGGGAUGCGUGGUCCGGCGUGGCUCGCUCCCGUGAAGCCCUCAACCGAUCCAUCAGCGGGACAUUCGGCGCGGGUGGAAUUCCCGAACGUGAUGAAAAUGGCAACUAUGCUAAUACUCCCGGUGGGGGCGCACAGGAUGGAGAGGGCGGUAGUGGCCCAGUUGCUGGAGGCCGUCCCCGAUCAGGUACCGGUUCGGCCAGUCUUGCUAGCGUCAAGGAAACGGCCAACGAGGACGACGACCGCGUCGAUGCUAGGAACGCCGCGAGCCGUUUGGCUCAAAGUACCUUCUGA